CCAACUCCAUUGUUAGGAAGUUGGUGAAGCGAGGUCAUGAGGUCACCUUCAUUACACCAUUUUCCCUGGCUGAUGAAAACUUGGGCCCCAACUACAAGGAAAUCGUGAUUGACCAAUACCAGUCCUGGGCCAUAAAGGAUAACGAAUGUCCUGCAGAUACUCAUGUUGAGCAUUGUCGCUCUCCUAAAACCAGAAAUGGGUGACGGAGCUCGCAUCCUGGCGGCCUUUGUCUUUCCCGCCUCGAGUCACUUCAUGAUGACCAAUGCCAUUAUCCGGGAAUUGGUGAAAAGAGGCCACGAAGUGACCUUUAUCACGCCCUUCUCCCUCUCCAAAGAGAACUUGGGACCAAACUAUAAGGAGAUCUUAAUAGCCCAGGCUAACAUUUGGGAUCCGAUGAAAGAAAUGGCCAACGUGAACUCAGUCCUUGAAAUGUCUGAUGUGAAUCAAUUGACUUUCCUCCGGAUGGUUAAUGUGUUGGGACCUCUGAGCACAGACUUUGCCUUUGAACAGCCCGAAAUCCAGGCUUUGGUUAAUGCCCAGGACAAAGUCGGAAAGUACGACCUUUUGUUGGUGGAACAGUUCUACAAUGAGGGGAUCCUUAUUUUGAGCCACUUAUAUAAAAUUCCAGUUGUUACCGUCAUGACCUAUGGAGGUACCAACUAUCUAAGUCAACUGUUUGGCAUUGUCACUCCUUGGUCGUAUGUUCCUCACCUCUAUAUGCCUUUUUCUGAUCGCAUGCCCCUAUGGGAGCGAACUGUCAAUGUGUUUAUAAGUGGAACAGAGGACCUUCUAAGAAGGUAUUCCUAUUAUCCAGAACAAGACGCAAUUCUGAAGAAACAUUUCGCCAAUAAGCUGGAUAGAGUUCCGACAAUAAGGGAACUGGAAAGUAACAUCUCUGCAGUUCUUUUGAAUGGAUAUAUGCCAUUGACAUCGCCCAGACCACUGGCCUACAACAUGAUUCCCGUGGGAGGACUCCACAUUCAAAAACCCAAGACUCUGCCUGAGAAUCUACAGAAGUUCCUCGAUGGCACCACUCACGGAGCUAUUUACUUCAGUUUGGGCUCUCAAGUCCGCAGUUCCGAAUUGCCACCCGAAAAGCUGAAGAUAUUCCUGGAAGUCUUUGGAACCCUCAAGCAGCGGGUUUUGUGGAAGUUUGAGGACGAGUCUCUGCCCAAUCUUCCUGCCAAUGUGAUGGUUCAGAAGUGGAUGCCACAGGCAGACAUCCUGGCGCAUCCCAACGUCAAGGUUUUCAUUGCUCAUGGCGGAAAUUUUGGCUUCCAGGAGGCUGUACACUACGGGGUGCCAGUUCUAGGAAUGCCCGUCUAUGCCGAUCAGUAUUCAAACCUCAAUCAGGGCAAAAAGGCAGGAAUUGCGCUGCUGAUGGAUUACAGGAAGUUCACCGCAGAUGAGCUUCGUGAGAACCUUCUGGAGUUGCUAGAAAAUCCAAAGUUUUGGAACAACAUGAAGAAAGCAUCCAAAAUAUUCCGGGACAGGCCUCUGAGUGCCAUGGACACGGCCAUGUACUGGAUCGACUAUGUGAUUGAGCAUCGAGGAGCUCCCCAUUUAGUUUCCGUUGGAGUGGAGCUUCCCUGGUACCAGUUCUACCUCCUGGAUGUCAUCGGACUGGGUGUGGCCAUAGUUUUUCUUCCGAUUCUCUGUAUACUUCUCAUUUGUCGAAAAUGUUCAAGGAAAAACACUCAAAAUAAGAAGGUCAAGAAGAAUUAGCCCUUUAACCUAAUUGCAAUUUAACAAAUAUUUAUUUUGAUUUUAAUCAAUAAAUAGUAAAAAUGCACUAGGCACUUUACUUAAUACCUGC